AUGGAAGCAGCAAACAAUCUUGCAGCUUCGAGGAGGACGAGAGAGGAGAGCAGAUGCCUGCAGAGAGCUAUUCAGCUGUCUCCGCGCCACCCUGAGCCCUUCGCUCGCCUGGCCGAGAUCGCGGUCACUGACGGCCAACACCUCCAGGCUCGUGAGUAUGUUGAGCAAGCACAGCGACUGUCACCAACCUCAUCCAAGGUGCUGUCGAUAUCGGCUGCCAUCUACUACUCCCUUGGUGACCUGCAGAGAUCAGUGGCCGACUACGAGGCCGCCAUGCUGCAACAGGAUGGCCUGACGAUGCACAACUUCAACAACCUGGGGAUCUCGUACGCGGCCAGCAACCAGCACGCUUCUGCGGUGCGAUCGUACAAGUCCGCCCUGCGCCUCUGGACCCCUGAGUCGGGUAUGAUGACGACAAGCAUUCUUCUGAACCUUGGGAACACGUUCGUCGACCUGAGAAGAUUCUCUGAGGCCUUUGCCUCCUACCGGCGCAUCCUUCACCUAGAUCCCUCGUACGCCAUCGCCCAUUACUCACUUGCACGUGCUCUUGAUCGUGCAGGAAAUCCCCUCGAAGCUCUCUCAGUCUACAGACAAGCGACGAUGGCGGACCCGUACCUUCCUCACGCCUACAGCAACAUGGGCAUCACCUUGUUGAAUCAGAAUCGACCCAAUGACGCUGUCAAGGUGCUGGAGUAUGCCGUCCGGUUGCGACCGAUCUCUGCUGAGUUCGACAACUUGGGGGAUGCAUAUGGUGACAGUACGAGGUACGAGGACGCGAUCGCAACCUAUCAGAAGGCGAUAGACGUGGCUCCCAACAGGAUCUACCCCAAGUCCUACUACAGUCAGCUGCACUACCUGAUCCACACUUGCAACUUCGACCGUCUGAGGGAGGCCUGCGAGAACCUUGAAAACACCUUGAGCUGGGAGCUGCAGACAGGGCAGGAAUCCGGAAUGACUCCGGUGGAGGCUCUUGUGCUGAUCGGAACUUACACCGACCACAGCUUGUUUCUUCGCGUUGCCCGGAAUUUCGCGACCCGUUCACUUGCCCGGGUGAAACAGGCAGGUUGGGUUCCCUUCAGCAAGCACGCAAGGAUGAAACCUGGGAAGAGGCUCAGGAUCGGAUACAUCAGUGGAGGGUUUCGACAUCAUCCGGAUGGAAAGAACAUGCAAGGAGUGUUUGAGCAGCACGACAGGUCGAGGUUCGAAGUUUUCUGCUUCAGUUUGAAGAGAGAUCAUGGCACUCCCGUUCAGAGGAAGCUUCAAUCGACGUGUGAGCACUUCCUGGACUACACAGACCUAGACAACUAUCAUGCAGCUUCACAGGUCAACCAGCUUGGCAUCCACGUCCUCUUCGACGUGAAUGGGUACACCGGCGAAGGCGUGCGGCAGCAGAGGAACAUUAUCCUCGCCUUGUCCCCAGCAAAGCUCCAGUACUUGGUCUCCGAUAAGGUUGCGAGUCCACCUGAGUUCGUUCAAGACUACUCGGAGAAACUUCUGCUAUGGCCACACUGUUACUUCCCCUCCGACCUCCGACAAUCAGGGGGAGAGAUCCGCCUGCCCAAGGUUUUAGGCCUGUCCAAGAGACUGUUCCUGACUUGGAUGGACAUCUUACGACGAACGACUGAGCAUCACACAACCCUCUGGCUUCCUCUGUUUCCAGAUGUGGCCAAACCGCAGCUGAUGCGAAUAGCGAGAGCAAAGUUGGGGAAGAAUGCAACGACGAGGAUCGUAUGGACGAAUCUGUUUGACGAGAGCGAACAUCUGCAAGUGAAGAGCCUUGCAACCAUGCAGCUCGACACCUUCCUCUACUGCGGUCACACGUCGGGCGCCGACAUUCUCUGGGCUGGCGUACCAACCGUGACGCUUCCUGGAAUCAUGCAGUCGGCGCGAGUCGGCGCGAGUCUCCUCAAGGGCCUCAGCCUGCACGGCCACCUGGUCGCCAGGACGGCAGAGGACUAUGCGGAUGUUGUAGUGAGAGCGAUCCGAAGCCUGCAAGCCAGCGGCGAGUCGAAGUGGCUGAGUUCGGUGAGGGCGAAACUUGCAACGGAGAAGCAAUCUGGUUCGUUAUUUGAUGUCUCAAAGUGGGUAAAGUCCAUGGAGUCAGCAGUCUCUAUGGCCUGGGAUAUCGACUCUUUCAGUUUGAAUCCAAGAAACGUCAUCAUCUCAGGACAUGUUUUCUAG